ACCACUACACACUGACGUGCGUCUCGCGGUUGGGAGAAUUGGGGGGUAGAGGCUGCCAAUCUGUCGUUUCUUAUCCGCCCGUGCAUCCAUCUGCUGCUGAGCCGCUGAUCUGAAGAUACAAAGGACGCAACUCGGGAAAGCCGGUUUCGGAACACCGGGAUUUCGCCGAGCGAGAUAUCCAAGGUACUAGCAAACAUUCCGGAAGGUCCGACGACGAUCGUGCCUACAUCUCUCUAAAAGCAUUCAAGAUGCCUGCUCUCUAUGAACAAUUCUUCCUCUUCGGAGAUAGCAUAACCCAAGACUCCUUCUCCCAGGAGCGAGGCUUUGGCUUCUCUGCAGCCCUUCAAGCUGCAUACAUCAGGCGACUGGAUGUAGUCAAUCGCGGCUUUAGUGGGUACAACACCCGCCAAGCUCUCCAGAUACUCCCCGCCAUCGUGCCCCCGCCGGAUCAGGCUAAGAUUCGGUUCAUGACCAUCUUCUUCGGCGCCAACGACUCAUCGCUACCGGAUGCGCCAAACAAGCAGCAUAUUUCUCUUGACGAAUUCAUCAAGAAUCUAAGGGACAUCAUGUUCCAUCCGCAGAUCAAAGCCCACGACCCUCGUAUCAUCCUAGUGGCUCCUCCCCCAAUCAAUGAGCAUCUGUGGUGGCCAAGAGACCAGUCGAACGGAUAUGCUAGCGUGACGCGCCUGGCGGGUGCGACCAAAACAUAUGCCGAUGCAGUCGUUCAACUUGGCGCCGAGCUUGACCUGCCUGUCGUAAAUCUCUGGAAAGCCUUUAUGGCGAAGACGGACUUCAACGCAGAUAUUUGGAAGCUGGGCGAUGAUCUACCCGGCUCUUUAGACGUCUCGCAGAAUGACGCCUUGGUGGAGCUCAUGUACGAUGGACUUCACUUGAACCCAGCAGGGUACGAGAUUUUCUACCAGGAGUUGAUCAAGGUAAUUGCUGAGCAGUGGCCGGAUCAGUCGCCUGAGAAGCUGCCUAUGGUUCUGCCGCCGUGGAACGAUCAAGAAGCGUGGAAACAAUGGGAGAGUGCUCAGUCUUCUUCGAUUUAGCGCGAAAGUGGUAGACAUGGUGGAUGUGGGCAAGCUUGAUUUCAGCUGCGCGAUCAAGCGGGGCUCUGGGGAAGUCGUGUCCAAUCGGGCGAGGGUGCAUAACUCCGGCAGCUUGUGGUUAGCAGCGUCAUUCGACGAACCUCAGCUCAGCAUCGCGACAACAGGACGCAAGAAUACACCAGCAGUCGGGUUUUCCUGUUCCUAUUUUCUUUCCUGUUCAACCUUUUCUGAGCUACUGUACAUUAUCUCGCUUCUUCUCUACCUAAGUAGCGCCGUCUCGGGAACCGCCUGAUCUUCGGCAAAGACCGCUGUUGCGACCAUCGUACCUUCUGCUU